UGCGGGCCCCGGGCGUGCGGCUAGCCGGGCCCAGCGCCCAGCCCCGCGGGCGGGCGGCGGCGGGCGAGCGGACGCAGGAGCCAGGAGCGAGGAGAGCGGCGCAGCCGGGAGGGAAGCCGCCGGGGCGAGGCGAAGAGGUGGCGGGAGGAGGAGGAGGAGGAGACAGCGGGGACAGGUGUCAGAUAAAAGGAGGGCUCUCCUCCGCCGCCGAGGCAUCAUCAUGGCCGCUAAGUCGGACGGGAGGCUGAAGAUGAAGAAGAGCAGCGACGUGGCGUUCACCCCGUUGCAGAACUCGGACAAUUCCGGCUCGGUGCAAGGGCUGGCUCCCGGCUUGCCGUCGGGGCCCGGAGCCGAGGACGCGGAGGCGGCCGGAGGCGGCUGCUGCCCGGACGGCGGCGGCUGCUCGCGCUGCUGCUGCUGCUGCGCCGGGAGCGGCGGCUCGGCGGGCUCGGGCGGCUCCGGCGGCGGCGGCCCGGGCGGCGGGGUGGGCUCGGGGGCGCUGUGCCUGCGCCUGGGCAGGGAGCAGCGGCGCUACUCGCUGUGGGACUGCCUCUGGAUCCUGGCCGCCGUGGCCGUGUACUUCGCGGAUGUGGGGACGGACAUCUGGCUCGCCGUGGACUACUACCUGCGCGGCCAGCGCUGGUGGUUUGGGCUCACCCUCUUCUUCGUGGUGCUGGGCUCGCUCUCCGUGCAGGUGUUCAGCUUCCGCUGGUUUGUGCACGAUUUCGGCACCGAGGACAGCGCCGCGACCGCUGCCUCCAGCUGCCAGCAGGCUGGAGCCGAGUGCAAGACGGUGGUCAGCGGCGGGUCUGCGGCCGGGGAAGGCGAGGCUCGUCCUUCCACGCCGCAGAGGCAAGCCUCCAACGCCAGCAAGAGCAACAUCGCCGCCGCCAACAGCGGCAGCAGCAGCAACGGUGCCGCCCGGACCGGCGGCAAACACAGGUCUGCAUCGUGCGCCUUCUGCAUCUGGCUCCUGCAGUCACUCAUCCACAUCUUGCAGCUCGGGCAAAUCUGGAGGUAUUUGCACACGAUAUACUUGGGCAUCCGGAGCCGGCAGAGUGGGGAGAGCAGCAGGUGGCGCUUUUACUGGAAGAUGGUGUAUGAGUAUGCCGACGUGAGCAUGCUGCACCUGCUAGCCACCUUCUUGGAAAGUGCCCCCCAGCUGGUCCUGCAGCUCUGCAUCAUCGUGCAGACCCACAGCUUACAGGCCCUCCAAGGUUUCACAGCAGCAGCCUCCCUCGUGUCCUUGGCUUGGGCCCUAGCCUCCUACCAGAAGGCUCUUCGGGACUCCCGAGAUGACAAAAAGCCCAUCAGCUACAUGGCCGUCAUCAUCCAGUUCUGCUGGCAUUUCUUCACCAUCGCCGCCAGGGUCAUCACAUUCGCCCUCUUUGCCUCUGUUUUCCAGCUGUACUUUGGAAUAUUCAUUGUCCUCCACUGGUGUGUCAUGACCUUCUGGAUUGUCCACUGUGAGACCGAGUUCUGUAUCACCAAAUGGGAAGAGAUUGUAUUCGACAUGGUGGUGGGCAUCAUUUACAUCUUCAGUUGGUUCAAUGUCAAGGAAGGCAGGACACGCUGCAGGCUGUUCAUUUACUAUUUUGUAAUCCUUUUGGAAAACACAGCCUUGAGUGCACUCUGGUACCUCUACAAAGCUCCCCAGAUUGCGGAUGCGUUUGCCAUCCCUGCACUGUGCGUGGUUUUCAGCAGCUUUCUAACAGGUGUUGUUUUUAUGCUGAUGUACUAUGCCUUCUUCCAUCCCAAUGGGCCCCGAUUUGGGCAGUCACCGAGUUGUGCUUGUGACGACCCUGCCGCUGCCUUCUCUCUGCCUCCGGAAGUGGCCACCAGCACACUGCGGUCCAUUUCCAACAACCGCAGUGUUGCCAGUGACCGCGAUCAGAAAUUUGCAGAACGGGAUGGAUGUGUACCUGUGUUUCAGGUGAGACCAACUGCGCCACCCACGCCAUCAUCUCGACCACCACGGAUUGAAGAAUCAGUCAUUAAAAUUGACCUGUUCAGGAAUAGGUACCCAGCGUGGGAGAGACACGUGUUGGACCGAAGCCUGAGAAAGGCCAUUUUAGCCUUUGAAUGUUCCCCGUCUCCUCCAAGGCUGCAGUACAAAGACGAUGCCCUUAUUCAGGAGAGGCUGGAAUACGAAACCACUUUAUAAGACAGAAGGAGCCACAAUGUCCACAUGAAGGGGUAACAGCAGGGCUGUGGCAAUAAUGACACCUUAUCCAAGUGAAGGGCAAUGAGCUAUAUGUUCUUAGUCCAAACAUUGUCAUGGUAUGGUUUGAUCUUCCAUCAGCUGACUGCCUGCUGCUGGAGUCCAUUCAAGCCAGCAGUGCUGAGAGUCCCUUACUCUGCCUUGAGGGGCAAUGCCAGCUUAGUAUGACUGUUGCUACCAAAAUCCUCCAGCGCAGGCUAGGGGCACAUUCACUGGAGGGUACAAUUAUUAUGAAAAAAUGUUGCCUCUAUCAUUAGGGUAUUUUGAUGGAGUUUAUUGAAUUUUGCAUAAAUGUGUUCCCACACCACCACUACCACCAUCACCACAACCAGCCCUCUAUCAAAAGAGUCAAGGUGGGGCUGGAAAGAUGACUGAGUGGUUAAGCGCACUGACUGCUCUUCAGGAGGACCCAGGUUUGAUUCCCAGCACCCACUUGGCAGCUCACUGAAAUUCUAGCUCCAGGAGAUACAGUGCCCAGUUUUGGCCUCCUCAGGCACUGCACACACAUGGUGCAUAGACAUAUAUGCAGGCAAAACACCCAUACACAUAAACUAAAAAUAAAUAAAAAAAAAAUAAAUAAGCUUAGGUGAUUUCCUUGAUGCAAAGCUAACAACAGACUCCAGGAAAAAAGCAGUAUGCUUGGAAAGGUUCCAUAAAUUGUUUUCUCAUUUGUAAGCCAGUAGCAUCUGUGGCAAAGCCUGUAGAGUGGACAGCAAGACUCAAGUGUUUACACUCGUACUAGCAUUGAUGGAAUGAUUCUUUUUCUAUACUUUUCAGGAUUUGUUUUUUACUUUAGGUUUUGCAGUUGAGAACACCCUUUAUGACAGAAAUUCUAUGCAGCACAUGUAUGGCUUUUGAUGAGACCAAGGAGCUCAAAAUCCAUGAUAUAAAUUAAAUAAUAAUCAUGAUUCAGUGUUGAAUUGCAAAAAUACAAAGAGCAGUUGGGGGAGGGACGAUACGAGAGUCAGAUUCUCAGGUGUGUGCAGCUCAAAUUGAAAUGCACCCACAGAGCCAUGGGAGAGGAAAAGGUGCUGUUUCCAGGUCUGUUUCCAAGUGCGGAAUGAGCAUGGGUCGGCAGGUGUGAUUCCGGAAACCACAUGCCACGUCUUUCUAGUGCCAAACUUUGUCCAGUCACAGAACUGAUAUGGAAUCCCCCCAAACUGAGAAUAAGUGGUGUCACAGAGCAAACCAGAGAAGAAUAAUCAGGUUCUCUGCUGUGUACAGACUUAGCCUCUCCCAUCCAAGGUCAAAGUGACGUGUCUCCUAGAGACGCUGGGACACCUUUUGGCAAGUGUGAGCAUACAGCUGCAGCAUGUAUGCUGUGAGAGAACUGCCCGGGCUGCUUGAGGGCUCACCACUCCAUCAGCUAAGAUUUGUAUUCCAAUCAUCUGUAAAGUCAUGCUCUUACAAGCUUCUGAGUUUUAAAUACCUCCGUACAGCAAGUAAACAUUCCCGCUUUCUGUUCUCAGUGUCCUUGGUCAUGGUGCUUUUUGUCGCAUUAAAAGUGCCGGUCAAACUUUGAUAGUAUUUUUUUAUAGUUGGUGCAGAGUGGAAUAACUCAUGGAUUAUUUCAAUAUUUUUGUAAUAAAAAUAUAGGGUGUACAUAUAGGCAUCGUUGCUUUUUUUAUAGACUUGGAGUUAUUUAAAAUAUGUUAAAUGUCGUAUUCACUUGGGAUGUCAGAAUCUGGUCUACAAAUCCAUCAGCUUGCCUCGGCAGAUUGAAAACACGUGUCUCUGGCGAGAUCACCUUACUUUUUGCAAUUUGAUGUCCCCGAGAACCUGCACAGGGGUGCUAUCAGAGUAUCAAGUGAAGACGGAAGUAGCCUAAUCAGAAAGGGCUUGUGAAGACUGGCCAAUGUCUCCCAGGAAAUCAAAGAUGUGAUUUCUUUCAUCCAUCCAUUAGAACAACCUGACCACAGUGGAAGAUGUCUUAAACUUUCCUGCCUGGUUUUAUACUAACCCAGCUGUUAUAUUAAAGAUUAGUCAAGUCACACAACAAGAAGGAAUAAAGUCAGUUGCAUUUAAAUAUUCACUUAAAAUAGUCAAUAUCGAGAGCCACCACCUGAAAUGGGUGUGUCGUCCAAAGACUUGACCCUGAAGUGACAUCCACAGCAAGAGACAGAGGGCUCAAUCUUGGACUUCUUUUGGUACAAAGUCCCAAAGCAACUUUUUAAGACAGACGAUUUUUAUCAGACAUAUUUCCUAAUACUGAAUGAUUUGACCCUUCAAGCAAGAUUUCCACUACAAUACACUAAUCUUUUGUUGAAAUGAAGAAAUAUUACCUUGCCACAGUAAAGCUCCAGGAAGACCCUCGGCUUCUACCAAAUGGUGGACACAUCCCAUUCCCCUGUAGAAGGGAAUCACAAGAAUUUGGGCAGAUACUUCGCUGGUUUGCAGAACUUCAUUAGUUCCAAGACAACUUCUAACUGAUGCGCUCUGAACUGACCUUCCCAGGUGGACUGCAACUCUGAUUCUGUGAGUGAAUAACAGUUACAUUGUAACAGUGUCCAGCCAACCAGUCCAAAAGGAGUCUCCACUCUUCCAUCACAAACAUCUUGGAACUUAUCAACGUUUACUGGAGAUGAGUUGCAAUUAAUUAAUCCAACAGACACUUUAAUCUUGCAAAUUCUUGACUUUUAACAUUGUAACCAAGCUACUGGAAGAGAACAUGACCAUUAGAGGUAAUGGGAAAGGAACACUUGGCUCAGCACUGUGCCCUGGCAUGCCCAGGACUGAAGAGACAGACCGCUGAGAAGUAGACCUAAGGAAAUUUUGCUACCUGGUCUCCCUACACAAAUGCUAUCAAUGUCCACGGUAUCCAUCUUCUCUCUAUUUUUUUCCAGUAAGAACUGCGUUCAAAAAAAAAAUCAGCCAAUGGAUUCCUGGGAGUUUGUAUAUCUCAGAGAAAUGGUGAUGGGUCAAAGGGACUUGCUUCAAGUGAAUUGAAAUCCACUUGUUUGGAAAUGAAAACAGUCUUUCAUUUUUUAAUACCUGCUCUCUCUUGAGUACAUUCACUGCUUUUAAUUUGUUCCAUUGUCAGCAUUAUGAUAACCAAUGUGUAAUGCUUUGAUUUAUAAUUCAGUUUCAGAGGCUAAAUCUGCACAAGUGUAUAGAGAGAUUUGAUGCCUGCCUUCCUAUUUGGUAACAUCACCAGUCCCGCACCAAUAUCCACUUCUACAAGGAAUUUACUAGCUUAUGGCUUUUCAGAUCACAUAAAAUCUUGGUUAAAAACGACCAACCAAAUGGCCUUAAUGCCUACAUUUUCAUUUACAAAAAAACAGGUAUACUGAGAUUUUUCCAACCAUGUUUCCUUCCAUUUCUCUUUUUCAAAUAAAGGUGAAAAUGAAGUUGUCAGAAGUUCAGAUAUAGUUUUAGAGUAUACAAGAGUCCGAUGUGCUUGUGGUCUUGGUAAUUUUUCUAUCUAAUCUUUUGGCAUCAGUUUUAGAGGUUAGAUCUAGGUAAAUUAGUGAAAGUCAUCAAGUGUAUCCAUUAAACACUCCAGAAAAAAAGAUAAGAGGAGGGAUCAGGGACAAUUGUGUUCCCUACACAAGCAUCUUGAUGGUUCUAUCUGAGAUUUUUCUAGGGCUUCUGAGUGGCAUUCCUGGCCAUCAGCUCUCAGGUCCAGGCAAGUCUUUUCUCAGAACUGUCUCUGGGUAUAACCACAAAAAUUGAAUGGUAGAAAGGCAGCCUCCUCCUACUGUGGGACUUACUCUCAGAUGCCAGGCAACCAUAACUAGCAAGUUGAAGAAAAUGCUCAUGUCCUGAACCUACAGCCUCCUGUGUAAUAUGUAUUGAGUUGGUUAACUACAGGAACAUAGGGGCACUAACAAUCUUCUCUAUCACAGAUCAGGAAUAAGUGUGACUGUGGGAGUGUUGAAUACCAGGACCAAAGAUCUCUACCAAUGUAGAGGCCCAAGAAAACCUGUUAAUCACUUGUUGAGAACACUUGCCUUUUUACAAAGUAGACACAUAAAUUAAUCUCUGUCAUUGGAUAAUUAUGUACAUGUCUCCACAUAAAAGAACAAGACCUGCCCAACAUGGAAAGAUGGAGGUCAUGUAGGAAGCUUCAUAUCAAGACUGGCUUUUUCUAAGAAGGCCUUCCCUCCUGAGGGUUUUUCUUGAUUAGUGGACCCUGGAACGUUCUGUACAUCAAGAGCUUCUGAUGAAUUAUAAAUCACUCUUGCUUAUUAGACGUAGACUAUUUAAUUAUUCCUCUUUUAAUAACAGUAAGAUUCAGGGUUACCAUGGCCUUACUCAUCAACCCACUGUAAAUAUAUCAUAACAUCACAACAGACCCGUGUUCAAACAUGCUCAACCCAGUUUGACCAGUAUCAUCUUUCCUGCAAAACAGUUUGAAUCCCGAUUCUACCAGUCAGUUACCUCAUCUGUGUAUCUAUUCCCAGACUGAUAAGUCCUGUGAGAGAGAAUCAUUUUCAGAAAAAUACAAGGAAAUGAAGGAACAGUUAUGUAAUUUUUCCACCUAGACAAAAAAAAAAAAAAAUUAGACCGUUGAUCACCCCAAAGUUCUGACAUUUUCCUCAUGACUGAAUUCCUUUUCAUUUGCCGGCUUUCAACAUUUGAAUUUUCCAGGUGAUUGCUGAACCAUUUUCACCAAACCAAAGUAGGCAGUGCAGCAUCAUUAGAAAGGAAAGACUGCCGACAUGAAUGCAAAUAUCCCUAUGAAAAAUCAAGAGGUUGGUCACUCAAGCAGCACAUGUGGUUUUGCGGUAGCACACAUCUGGAAUUUCUCUGGAAGCAUCCAGAUGUUGGAAGCAUAGAGAUUUCCAUCCUGUUGUGUGGUGUGUGGAGAGACAAACUGCUCCUGUAUUUCAGGGGUAAGGUAACUUUCUUCUGCUGGCAAUAUUCUGCUGCUAAAAGUCUCUUUAUUGUACAAAAAGACAUAAAUAAUACAGAGCCACUGCAACUAUUUUUAUUUAUUUUCUGAAAAUGCCUGACUGGAAGAGGUUGGUUGCCUUUGCCUUGGGUGUUCUAUAGGUGACUGCAUGAGGAUUUCCUUGAAAGUGGCUGUUCUUGGAGGCCUUCCACUGCCUUUUCUGAGCAAGGAAACUUAGCCUUUGCUAUGUUUCAUCAUUUUAUCAGUUUUUCUGCUGCUGGUAAAUCUUAAACAUUUACAAAAUCUACUAGACAGAAUAGUUUAAAGGGAAUAUGAAAUCUGUAAGUUUUUAAGUUCAAAUGGAUUUUUUUUUUCAUUUUAAGUGUCCCUUAUAAUAUCUUAAAGCUAAAAUUGUUUAAGUUGUUUGAUACAGUUACUUCAUGGUGAAUUUUAUGACUGCAGUUGGAGGAAAAAGACUGCUUCCCCCAAAUGAAACAAAUUAUCUUAUUUGGGGGACUUUAUUUGAUUAUGUCAUUUUAAUUAUCCACUGCUUGCUGGUUACCAUGAAUAUGGUAAUGUUCCUUUAUUUUCCCAGUUAAUCCCCGUUAUAUUUCUCCACUAGGGAAAACAAAUUUUGUGGACUGUAAAGGAAAUUCACCUUCCAGCAGGAGGGCUGAGGAUACUCACACUGACCCAGAUUUGAUUUUUCCUGGGAACCUUGAGAAGCUGGUCUUACCCCUUCUGAUACACUGGGUGGUGGAGAUGCAGAUGCCCUCAAGUCGAGGGCUUCUCUCACCCACCGAUCCGAAGUUUGGUAGAAAGACACGCAAGCGGUUCGGCCUAUUUCCCUUUAAGAGCACUUUAGCUGCACGACUUGCACUGAGGCACUUGCUGUAGGUGAACAAAGAUCUCAGAGAGGCAUUCAGCUAUGCAAACAUCCUGAUGGAUUUCCAAAGACAGUGCAAACAUCCCUAACUCCCUAGGUAGUAUUUUGAUUGUGUGAAAUUCAACACUCAGAGCCAAGAAUAACACCAUGAGACAGAUGAUGAAAUUCCUUCUUGAGUCUCUCCUUUCCUUAGAACACCAAAGCCUCACCACUAAGCCAUGUUUGUCCACCCACUAUGCUAACUGUUUUGGACCCUAAUCUGAAUGCAGGCUGUGGCCACAGCCCAGGUGCCCAUGACCCUCCAGAAACAGCUGGCGUGUACUCUGACGGUUUUGAUAUUGUUUUUCAUUUUCCUUGAGAUUUUAGAUCGUCAAUCUCUGUACCUGUAUGUUAUUGAGAGAAUGUCUGGCUGCUAUAACAACAAAAAAUGGUGACAAUUGAUUGACAAAUCACACCCAAAAAGACUGUUUCUUUUAUUGUCUUUUGAUUAUGAGAUGAUUGAUGUGAAAUUUAUAGAUUAAUAGAAAAGCAGAAAUCUCUGGGUUGAAUGUUAUGACUAUUUCAAACACGUUUAAAGAUACCCUAUGACACAAUGAUCUUUAUAGUAUGGAAUAUAUUCCAUUUGGGUAUAGGGAUAUGAGGGCAUGUGAUCCGGUGAGAGGGGCAAAGAAACUAGGAGUCUGUGCACACCUGGGUUCUAAUCCUUAGGUCUAUUUCUUCACCUCAAAGCUUACUUUGGCCUCCUUAUUCCCCAUGGAAAAGAGUGAGGAUAUUGUUUGCCUACCUCACAGGGUGUUGUAAAGAUGGUCAGAGCUGGAAAUGCACUUGCGUUAUAGAACACCAUGCUAAUCACUAAGUUGCAGAAACAAGGAGAACUGUGGGAUAAGAAGGGUGGGACCAGCAGUUGUCGGAAAAGCAGCCACUAUGCAGGUUAAGCUUUAAGCUUUCCCCUUAAAGGUCUAUGUAGAAGGUAUAAGCUUUCUAAUGAGAACAAGGAGCUCCUCGUACAGACAUGGAGUGUCUCCAUCUAGAUGGACCAUUUUCUUCUUAAUGAAACUGAAUUUUACUAAAUGUUCAUGAAUACACCUAGAAAUCCUGGCCCUUCCUGAUUGAUCCCUGAGGAGUUUGCCUGACUGGCUCCACCUGUCAGAACUGUGGAGAGUCCCCAGUUUAGCCCUGGUGUUGCCAGUUGAUAUUCUGGAAUCAAAUCCUGGAUGCUGUAUAACAGAUAUCAUGAAGAUUAGAUGUGGAAUAAUUUGACUGGGUUUAUAUUUCAUUUCUAACACAACACCUUAGCAACAGAAAAAUAUGGAGCCUUACUCCUGCUUGGAACUCUUGAGGUCAGCUGUCUCUACUUUAUAGAUGUAUUUUAAAUAUAUCAGAGAACUGCUUGCGCAAGGGAUUCAGGAAUAUAUUGAAAUGUGUGUACUUGCAUAAAUGUAAUACACAGAUGUGAGUUCCACAAAAGGUUAAACAAAAAUGGAGAGAUGCCAGGAAAGCAGCCUCAGUGAAGAUUCUGUACAACUCUGCAAACCAGUGUCUACUCCCUUGCUUAAACAACUAAACUUGGCCAGAACUAAGUGCCAAUAACAUGAUUUGGGGUUAUAAACAUGUGUAAUUUUUGAGUCAUAGAGGCAAUAUUAUGAAGUAAGAACACACCUAUUGAGCUCUGCUAAAAAUAGGGGUAAUAUUUUAGUGACAUGGCUCCAUUCAGUUCCCUUAUUUAAUAAUUGUAUUCAUUUGCAAAAUCAAUGCCAUAGUCUUAAAAAUAUGAAAGAGUUUCCAAAUUUUCCAUUGAGGAGUGAAUUCAAACUUAUGUUGUACUUGGGUUACAUAUAAUAUUGACAUCCAAUAUAAUCUCUUCUGUUUCUCUAAAAUUUAAUUCCCAAUGGAAUUAAUCAAAGAUUUAAAUUUUGAAAUUGGCUAAACAUUUCCAAUACAUGCUUUCUGAAGCAUGACUAGCUUAGAAAGCUGUGUAGCAUCUUUUUUUUUAAUUUUUAAAAAUUUUUCUUUUUACUUUUUAUAUUAAUUACAGUUCAUUCAUUUUGUAUCCCAGCUGUAGUCCCCUCCCUCAUUCCCUCCCAAUCUCACCCUUCCUCCCUCAUCUCCUCCCAUUCCCCUUCCCAAGUCCACUGAGAGGGGAGGACCUCCUCCCCUUCCAUCUGACCCUAGACUAUCAGGUCUCAUCAGGACUGGCUGCAUUGUUUUCCUCAGUGGCCUGGCAAGGCUGCGCCCCCCUUCAGGAGGAGGUGAUCAAGGAGCCAGCCACUGAGUUCAUGUCUAUGUUGGAGGCUGUGUGAUGUCUUAAAAAUAAAUACAUGCACUAUCAGAAUAGAGUUACUGCUACUGCAGACUGGCCAAUCAGUGAGUAAAAGAUAAUGAGGCUAUUCCUGGCUUUCUAGCCUCUUCUGAAAUCAAUUUUUUCUACCCCAGAAUGCAAAAGUGUGUCCAUUUUAUCAUGAAAAUAAACAUCUGUCUUUAUUCGCUUUUACAUAGAAAACUAACAUUGACUGUUCAGUAUAGUUUCAAAUGGAUUUGCUAGGACUAGCAGGAGGCAGUGGAGAGAAUCCACUAUGAAGAGAUUUUAUCACAAAGUGUAAAAUAAAAUUUAAGCAUGUCAGAGGGAGCUGGGCAGCUCCUUGGAGGAAUGGCUUAGAGUUUUCACCAGCAGAGAGAAGCACACGCCUCAUGCCAACAUGUCACUAUGUAAAGCCACGCAUAGCAACAAGGCAUUGCUGGAGGAAAGAGUCGAGUCUCUUUUCGGUGGUUCCUAUUUCACACGGAACUCUCUAGAGCCCUCCCGGAAAAUAAGAAUGUCUUAGAAAAAAAACUAGUUUUUAGCACAGAUGUAUGUGAUUAUUCAGCUAGGGGUCCAUCAAUCUGUAAGCAUCAUAUAUCUGAUUAUUCAUAAGUACAACUGCCAAAUUUUAUGGCUGGAGCUGGCUAACAUUCUUUUCAGCAAGUAUGUGAUGAACACAGACACACAGAGAGAAAUUCUCCUGUUGCUUAAAGGAAAUAUCUCCCAGCUUAUUAAAGUCGACUGUCAUGAAGUACUACCUUCACUUCACAAAGCUUUUUUUGUUUUGUUUUGUUUUUUAUGAACCCUUGGGUCAAUUGUUUAUUUAGGCCCCACUUAAAAUGCCUUUCUCUGAUGAACAAGGCACGAAAGAAGAGGACAUAAUUAGCCUUGGUGGAAAUCUUGCUUCUACUAAAACAAACAAACAAUAAAUCCUGCUUUUCUUCUCUGUAGCCAGAUAGCUCAGUAACUUCAAGAAGGCAUAGUGAUGGGUGUGAAGAUGACUUCCUGUUCUCAGAAAAAGAGAGAGAGAGAGAGAGAGAGAGAGCCAACAGGAAACCAGAGAUAUCUUUCCUCUUUGAAGGCAAAGAGUAUCCUGGAUUUACAAUUAAGGCAAAAAAACUGUAAAUGUGAGGGACUAUUAUUCCUCUUUUUGGUUCUUUACCACUUUCCCUCAGUCUUUUCCAGUUAGGAUUGGAAUUUCUAGCAAUGAUAAAUAAUGCUGUGUUGUAUAAUGACUUCAAUAUUUACAUUGUGAAAAAAUUAGUUACAGAUGAGAAGACCGGAGAAGCAGGCUUCCGCAAGACUCUGGGCUCCUGACACUGGUUUUUCGUUCUUUGGUUAUUUUUUAAUUAUGUAAGUUUCACAUUUAACUACCUCAGCUACUGUUGUUUGAUUUAGAAACACAAAACCAUUCACUUCACAGUUAACAAAUUAUUUCAUUGAAAGUGUCAAAAGGCUAUUUGAUGCAAAACAACUUUCAAAAACUUUAAAAUACCAUGAGCCACCCGACUCCCAUCAGCUAAAAACAAAAACAAAAAACAACUGUCACUUCCACCUAGCACAAAGAGAGGCUGUAUAUAUUUGCUUAAUUUGCCUUAAAUAUUUUGUACUCCCUUCUACCCCAUCCAAUUUUUGUUUUUUAAAUUUAUCUCUGAAAAAAAGAAAAUAAAAAGAUAUGGAUGGUAGAUGAAGAGCAACCUGAAGAGAGCAGGCCACUAGGUUCUGGGCUCCCUGACUUCAAAUGUACAUAGUAGUCUGAAGCAUAACCACCAUUCUCGAGUUUCUCUCUUCGUUUCAGAAAUAAGGUGUGUGCAGGCAACGUGGAGACAUUCCCCUGGACAGCAUGGUGCCUGGCCUCGGAUGCAAACCUGCCGGUCCUGUGCUCUUACUUUGUAAACAUUGUACAAAUGUAUUUGGAAUUUAAUUUGAAACAAAAUUAAAUGAGUUAUUAAAUUCUUUCUUGUAAAUAUAUAUAUAGAUAUAUAUAUUCUAAUCCCACAUAUCCAAUCAUUCCUAUAGCAUUCAGAUUGUAAGUGUGUCUUUCUUGGCUGGAGCCUGCUGCCCUGGGCAGUGACUCCAAGUGCUCUAGGUCAAAGCACAGUGCGUGGAGUAUUUGAUAUACUGCAGUAACAUAGUUAUUUUGGUCAGUUAAGUAAGUUACAAUUUGUGAUGAAAUGAAGUGGAAAGUAGUACUUCAUAAUGAAUAAAUUUUCUUGGUUACCUGAUUUUUUUUUUCUUGUAAAACUUAAAAAACAAGAAAACUUGAAAUUUUAUAUAUUUGGAUUUUGUAGAUUUUUUUUUAUUUUAUUGCAACACAAGGUACCAAAAUCAUUAAAUAAAGUACACUGUGGUCAUUUUAACAGAAA